AUUAUUUCAGAAUGUCGUUAAAAUUUUUUUAUGAAUUAUUUUCAAAGUUAGAAAAGGGGCUAAACGUAGUAAAUAGUAACAUUCGCAUACCUACUUCUUCGACAGAAAGGCUGUGCAUAACAUUAAGACGAAAUAAUGAAGUAUCUAGUGAAGAAAAUGAAUCUAGUGAAAGUCAAUCUGAUUUUGACGAUAUUGAGAGAAGCGGCCAACCGUCCACCAGCUACACCGGCGCCCCCAAUGCCCCUCUUGGCAACGAGACUGAACGUUUCAGUCUAAUACGACGAAAUAAUGAAGUAUCUAGUGAAGAAAAUGAAUCUAGUGAAAGUCAAUCUGAUGUUGACGAUAUUCUGAAAAGUGAACAAGCAUCAAUGAAGCGUUUUCUAAAUGCUAAAUUUGAUCAAUUUAAUGAAAUAAUUAAUCAAGCAUCAAAAAAAAUUAAAAAAUUGAAAAAAACAGUUCUAAAACAUAAACUCGCUAAUCAUGAAUUAACAAGAAAGAAUUUAGAUUACGAAAAUACUUUAAAAAUACAACAAGAUCAAAUAUCAAAAAUUGAAGAAACGAUCAAAAAAAAGGUUUAUAGCGUUCUAGAAAGUGAUUUGCAAUGUUCGAUUUGUAAUGAAUUAAUGGUUAAGGCGUGUACAAUUAAUUGCAGCCAUACAUUUUGUGAAAUUUGUUUAAAUACUUGGUUGAGAGAAAAUAAUGUGUGUCCUCUUUGUCGAACUUCAGUUCAAACCGAAACCCUAUGCCUAUCUAUGGAUAACUUCAUUACUAAUAUUUGUAAUGUUCUUGGGAAUGAAAUAAAAGAACAUCGGGAAAAUAUACAACAAGAAAGAUUGGCAGUUAAUGUCCGGCGAGCACCACAAAUGGCUCGGAGAGGUCGUAGAAGAAGAUAAGAUAUACGUCGAAAUAUAUAACCUGCACAUGUUCAAUGAGAAAUAUUGCAAAGAAUUCAUGAAGUAAAUUUAUUAUUAUUAAUAAAUUAGGUUGUGUAAUAGAUAAUAGUGAGGUUUGUUAUAAAUGUAAUCUUGGAUUUGCCGAACUGGAUUAUCCUAUCAAAUGUGAUGGCUGCAAAUUGUCUGUACAUAACAAGUGUUCUGGUUUAGUAUGAACUCCCCGAACUGAAAUUAAUUAUUAACCGUUUAAUUACUGAAGUAAACGAUCUUAAAACUCAAAAAGUCACUAUUUAUACAUCAGACAAUUCUGAAGAGUUCAUAAUCAACGAAAUAAGUGAGCGUAACAUGAGAGCGUCAAAUUUAAUUCUAUACAAUGUUCCAGAGUCCAAGUCAGAUAACAUAACUAAUAAAAUUGUGCAAGACUCUAAUUUGGUAUGUAAUGUUAUCAGUUCAAUAAGUAGUGGUGAAAAUAUUAUUAAACCUUUAAAAGUUAUCCGAUUGGGUAACCGUGACCAGAAUAAUACUCGCCCGAUAAAAGCUAUAUUUGCUUCACCAGCUGAAGCGUUUGAUAUCUUAAAAUCUAAGAAAACAUUGUUAUCAUUACAACCGCCUUCUAUUAUUCGAAUCAGUUCGGACCGCACGCUGCAUCAAAGGAAUUAUAUGAAAAAACUCCACUGUGAAUUGGAGACUCGUAAAAAUAAUGGCGAAUCUGAUCUAAUUAUUAAAUAUGUGAAAGGAACACCGAAAAUUGUUAUAAAAAAUAACCGUUCAGUAAAUCUCCGAAAUGAUAAUUUUUUAUAAUUAAUAUUUUUUUUCAAAAUGUUCGUGGUCUAUUAACAAAGAUAAAUUUUUUACGAAAUGCCUUAUUAAAUGUGAAUUAUGAUAUAGUUUGUUUAAAUGAAACAUGGUUAAAUUAUAAUAUUUUUGAUGCGGAACUUGGUUUUAAUAAUUAUAAUUUAUAUAGAGAUGAUCGUAAUUUGUCGUACGGUAAACUGCGUGGUGGUGGUGUGUUAAUUGCAAUAAAUAAAAAAAUAUGUUGUGAAUUAUUAAAUGUUCCUCUUGUAACUGGAAUCGAACAAUUAUUUCUAAAAUUCACUGUAAAUAAAAUAAAAAUAGUUUUAGGUUGUGUGUAUAUUCCACCUGAUGCAACUAUUGAAAUGUAUUUUAAACAAUGUGAUGUUAUAGAGUCUAUAUAUUUUAACUAUCCUGAUUACCAUUUUAUUAUUACUGGUGAUUUUAAUUUAAAUAGCUACGAUUGGUCUAUCGAAUCAAGUAUUCAAGGUAAUGUCUUUGGAGAUAUACUAUAUAAUUAUUUUGUAAAUCUUUUAAAUUUAAAACAAUGUAAUUACAUUAAAAACUCUUUAGGUCGUACUCUUGAUUGUAUAUUUCUUAGUUCUGAUGUAGAACUUACUUCUAUUGUUCAUUCAUCUGAAUCCCUCGUUCCAAUAAUUGAUGAUUUUCAUCCUCCUUUAGAGUUAAAUAUAAAAUUUACUGAUCCCUUUUUACAAAAUUCUUAUGAGCUUCCACUAGUGUAUAAUUUCAAAAAUUGUGAUUUCAAUAAAAUUUCUCUUUUUCUAUCAAACAUCGAUUUUGAACUUGAUCUAGACAAUACUUUAACUUUUGAGGCUCAAAUAAAUAAAUUUUAUGAAAUAAUUUAUCAUACAUUCUCUUUAUUUAUACCCAAAACAAAAAUAUUUAAUAAUUUUUCACCUGUUUGGGCAAAUGCUGAGCUUAGAACACUCAUUAUUGAUAAGAAAUGUGCUCAUAAAAAAUUUAAACUUAGUCAUUCUCGUUAAGAUUAUCUUAUUUUCUCUAAUCUCCGCAAGAAAUGCAAAAAAUUAUAAUCUCUCUCCCAUACACAAUUUAUCACAAAUUUAGAAAACGGAAUCCAAACAAAUAUUAAACCUUUUUGGAAAUAUAUGAACUCACUGAAAAAAACUAAUAAUGUAGUACCAGAUUGCGUUAAAUAUCAAAACCACUCAUCUUCAAACAUCUAUGAAACAGCUUAAUUAAUUGCUAACUACUUUUCCAGUGUUUAUGAUACUGACUCAAGAAUCUUUAAUGAAGAGUCCCAAGAAAAUUUAUAUACGUCUUUAAUGAAUAAUAUAAAUGUUAAUUUAAGCUCCAUGUCUAUUGAUCAAAAUGAAAUUCAAGAGUUAUUAAAUAAUUUAGAUAUGAAUACGAGUACGGAACCUGAUGGUGUACCAUCAAUAUUUCUAAAAUUGUUUAGUUUUGUAUUAAUUAAGCCACUUCAUCUAAUUUUUAAUAGAUCUUUAAAUUUAGGUUAUUUUCCCAAUAUAUGGCAAAAAUCGUUUAUCACACCAGUACACAAAUAAGGAGAUAUGCAUAAUGUUUCAAAUUAUAGACCAAUUUCUAAAUUAUCACAUAUACCUAAAAUAUUUGAAGCGAUUAUAACAAAUAAAUUAACUAAACUAAUGUCGCCAUAAAUCUGUAAAAAUCAACAUGGAUUUAGAUCUAAAAUGUCAAUCUUAACCACAUUUUUCAGUCAAAGAUACUUGAUUCUCUUAAUGAUUAUGUCCAAUUAGACUCAAUAUACACCGAUUUCCAGAAAGCUUUUGUUAAAGUAAAUCAUAGCCUACUUUUAAAUAAAUUAGUUUCUUUCGGAAUCCACGGUAGUUUUUUGGGUUGGAUAAAAUCCUAUAUUAGUUCACGUACUCAAGCAGUAAAAUUAUCUUGUCAUGUUUCAAAUAAUUUUUUAGUUAAUUCUGGAUUGCCUCACAUCUGGGCCCUCUCCUAUUUAUAUUAUUUAUAAAUGAUCUCCCUGCAAUAUUUGAUAGCUCAGUUGAAGUUAUUUUAUUUGCUGAUGAUGCUAAGAUUUUCUCAAAAUUUAGAUCUCUAGACGAUACAUUAAAAUUACAAUCGAACUUUGAUAAUUUUAUAAAUUGGAGCCAUCAAAAUCGCCUACCUUUAAAUAUAAGUAAAUGUAAUGUUAUUUCUUUUUCUAAAAUAGAUAUAGAAAUCAAGUGUAAUUAUAAAAUAGAUAACUGCAUUAUAACGCGUGUCAAUUCUGUUAGAGACCUAGGAAUUGUUAUUGAAAGUAAAAUGUCUUUUUCAAUUCAUAUUAAUACCAUUAUUAAAAAAACCUUUAAAAUGUUAGGGUUUUUAAAUAGAAAUACGAAUAAUUUAAAGAACUUUAAUACAUUCAAAACAUUAUUCUUUUCUCUAGUCAGACCUCACCUUGAGUUUGGUUCUAUAGUCUGGUCUCCAAGU